AUGCCGAGCAGCCCGUCGACGCAUCUGCGUCCCUCAUCGACCGCCUCCUCGCCCUCUCCCUCGCCGACCGAUGCCGCGCCACGCUGGUCCCGACACGACUCCUCGGGGCGGCUGUCCCGCGGGCACAUCCGCCGCCGCAGCAGCCACAACCUCUCCCCCUCCUCCUCGUCCUCCUACCUCGCGCAGGCGCAGUCGCUCGUCAAGCAGGCCGUCGACUGGGGCCUGAGCGUCCUCGCCUGGUACCUGCGGCUGCCGCCCCUCCAGCAGGUGCUGCUCGGCCUGGCGGGCCUCGUGCUCGGCGUGCUGGGCCUCCUCGCGCUCAUCUACACGCAGGCCUUCUUCGACUGGCUCGGCCCCGUCGCCGAGAAGUGGCGCGAGCUCCCCGGCGGCUGGCUCAUCAACUUUGCCAUGAUAUUCGUCACGUCCUUCCCGCCCGUCAUCGGCUACGCGACCGCCACCACCGUCGCCGGCUUCGUCUGGGGCUUCCCCUGGGGCUGGCCCAUUGCCGCCGCCGCCUGCACCCUCGGCAGCCUCGGCGCCUUUGUCGCCAGCCGCACCGUCCUCGGCACCUUUGUCGAGCGCAUGGUCGGCAAGGACCCGCGCUUCAUGGCCCUCGCCCAGGUCAUGCGCCGCGAGGGCAUCCUCUACCUCACCGCGAUCCGCUUCUGCCCGCUGCCGUUUAGCCUGAGCAACGGCUUCCUCGCCACCAUUCCCAGCAUCACGCCGCUCGCAUUUACCAUUUCCACCGCCCUGUCGAGUGUUAAGCUCCUCGUCCACGUCUUCAUCGGGAGCCGCCUCGCCGUGCUCUUCGAAAAGGGCUCCCAAAUGACCACCCGCGACAAGAUCAUCAACUGGACCGGCAUGGGCCUCAGCGGCCUCGUCGGCCUCGCCGUCGGCUUCGUCAUAUACCGGCGCACCAUGGAGCGCGCCGCCGACAUUGCGCGCGAGCAGGCCAUGGACGGCACCGACGCCGAGCGCGGCGAGGCCGGCGGCUACGUCGACUCCGAGACCACCCUCCUCGAUCCCGAGGACGCCGCCGCCAUCAUGUCCGACGACGACCUCUCUAUGUGGGAGGCCGACGGCGGCAACUACUCCGACGAGGAGAGCGACGGCAACAGGUCCAAGUCUCCGGGUCUGAAGAUGCACUAA